UGCCGGGAGUUUAAUUGAUAAAAUAUAAUGAAGGCUGCUCUGGUAUUUCUUAUGCCACCUUUGUUGCUUGUAAAGGUGUUUUCAAACGAACUCACUCAUGGAAGGUGUUAUGGCUGGCAAAUGGACAUAACAUGCAGCAGUUCGGAUAAAAUAUUUCCUCUUCUAGUCAUGGUCGGUGCAAAACCCGAAUCAAAGGGCUGUCCAGACAUAAUGACCCUUAAUGCAAACUCUACCUUUGAAAGAAGUUGCUGUACCUAUGAUCAGGAAUCCUGCUAUUUUCCAUAUAGUAAUUUAGAUGCUUCUGUCACAAAUACAUACUUUGAAAAUUGCAUUGGAAGGUCCAACUGUACGUGGCCUAUAGCUAGGCUGGACAUUAGAUCUUAUGACCAGAGGACAUGUAAUUCUUCAAUCUACCCUGAAUCUACAACUUUCAUGGUUCUUCAUUACUAUUGUAUUAGAGCGACAGAAAUCCAGAGUAUCUCCAGCUCUUUUUCGAGAAAUUUGGUAACUACACUACAUAUCACAGCACAGAAUUACAGCGAUAACAAUAGUACUUCGACAGGAAUCGGGAUGAUUCGGGAUCCGGUGACCUGUUCCGUUGAGGUGUCGGACUGUUCCGGGAGGGUGAACGUCACCGGAUUAGAUGUCCGACUGGUUAAAGUAGACAGUGCAUGUAAACAAACCUUGACAUUUCUGGAAGACGGCAAAAAUUCCACCAUUGACUGUUCCAGAAACAGUAACUUUGGUGCAGUUCAUUUAUUUUUAAGUACUACUAGCUAUUUUAUGUUUGUUUAUAUUGACAAUCAUACAGGAGGUUAUCUUUGGUUAAAAUUUGAGACAGUUGAUAAAAGUCAUAAUAUGGAAAUAAAAUGUGGAGAAAAUCAAAGUCAACCAAAAAGGCAGUGUAACACUGUAAACGGAACAUCAGUCAAUACGAUGACGUCAUUGAUGAACACCGAGAAACCUCAGUCAUCAGUAGAACUGGCUGUUAUUGUUUCCGUCGUUAUAAUUGCCAGUAUAACCAUCGCCUGCAUAGCCGGUGUUGUCUAUCUAAAGAAGCGAAGACCGGAAAAACUCUCUCAUCUCUGGGAUAUCCUACUCAAAAUUUGCUGUAAAAAAUAUACGAAUACUAUAAGGCCUAAUGUACGAAGAAUAGAGGUUAGAGAACGAUCUUCUGAACAGCCAUCAACAGAGGUAAGCAAGAGCUCUGUUAAAGCAAACUUGACCUUUAGUAUGUCGUAA